CAUUUCUUCGUGAAAAUUAAUACUUACUAGUAUAUUAGUAAAACAAGAAUAAUUCAACACCGGUAUAUAAUUUUUCAGUAUUUAAAUCCAAUAAAAAUAUCACUUGAGAAUAGUAUAGAUUAUCAUUGUCAUCUCGAUUACGGCAUGUUUCUUUUAUAAUUAUAUGUUGAACAGUUAGCUGUAUGUGUAUGGACAUUGUCCACGCCUUCAGCCAUAGUAUAAGUCUCCUUCUUUCUUUCUCAAUUUAAAUAACUAUUCGGUAUUUGAAAUUAACUUGCUUGACUAAUUUAGAUUCUUGUUUCAUAGGGCCAUGAAGAGCAGGGCGUUCCCUAUAUGAGGUUACUUCUUUUCCAAGGCUCGAACCCGAUGACUCUAUUCCGAGUCUCCUUUCUUUUUUGACAAUAUUAGUGAUGUCUUUGGUCAUCAUCUCGUACAUGGACAUUUUAUUUUGAAUGGUUUCACAGCAUUUGGGACUUGGAGGAGAUACCCUGUGUCAGCCCAAUCCUUUUGGAGCCCUUUUUUUAUGCCCAAUAAAAAAUUAUAAACACUCCACCAACAUUAGUCUCUUCAAUAUUAAAACUUGGUUGCUUUAACUUCCACUCUUCAGCAUCCAUGUAAUGUAAUCUUUAAUUAGUUGCUCCCCACUAGCCUAUUUCCACUUCCUUUUUGCCAUUCUUCUUGAAAUCUUCUUAUCCACCAGAAGUUGACUUUUAGAUUUUGUCUAUUUUUCCCCUGAUUAUAUAUAGCCUUGUUCAUUAGCUUGAGCUCAAUUACUAUUAGUUGUUGAAGGUGAAAAUGAGCACAAAGGAAAAGAAAGAAAGCGGAUUUAAGAAGUGCAUAAAAGCACCAAUGAGAGUUCUAAUUAAAGCCAGGGACUGCUAUGUUAGGAGCCUGACGGAUUGUUCUGGCAGAAUUGGGUAUGGCAGUGCCAUUGGCUCAUGUCCUGCCGUUACAUAUAUCUCCUCUCUGCCCAGAAGUUUCAGCGUCAAUUCGUCUGUUUCUAGUGGUGAUGAAGAUCUCAGGGAGCUAACGCGAAUUGCUUCAACAAGAAAUCUUGUAAACAAGGUGGAAUUGGAGCCCCUGAGGCAAAAAUCCGUUGUGCCUCGGACUCGUUCUGUUGCCAUUGGAAGAAUUGAUGAAGACGAGCCCUGUGAUUUUGGUGACGAUGUCAUGGCAAGCCCUGUGAUUUUAGUGAAUACAGAUGUUUAUCCCAGAAGUAGAAGUUAUGCUGUUUCAUCCAGAAGGGCGAGGAUGAUUUGAAGAAGAAUCCAAAGAAGAAAAUCUAAAAAUUGGCUGGCUGUUGAGAUAUCAGCUAGUCCUUAAUUAGUAGUGGCUUUGUUUUCACCUUUUUUAUCUUCCUCCGGUUUUUAUAGACUGCUUCCUGGAUUGUAAUUAUUGUUUUCUUCCUAUGUUGUCAUCUACUGUUGCAUACACUUGUUCACUUACUUGGCUGUCAACUCUCCAUGUAAUAUACUCCCGCCAAGUAGUGACCUUUUAGG